AUGGCCCCAGGAAUGGGUCCAGGCAUUCACAGCGUCAGAGCGCUGACCGAACCGAGACCACUGCGAUCUCGUCCAUUCAUGGAGGAAGUCAAGGAGCGCGUAUUCGACUUUUUGCAGAGGACCGGCUUCAGCGCACCCGGCUUUUCCCACAAAUCCAUGAACGAUCCGACGCAGACGCAUUUCCUUUCCAUGUUCAGGCACAUUUACAACAAGUCCAUCGACAACACGUACACCUUUACAAAGGACAACAAGAGGGAAGCGGAUGAGAUCAUCUCGCUGCUCAACGAUAUCAAAUACCCGCUCAUCGGAGAUCUGAGCAAGAUGAAGCUGGGUGCAGCUGGCAGCGCGCAGAAUUGGCCCAGCAUCGUGGCCAUGCUCGACUGGAUCGUUUGCAUGAACAGCACCUUUGCCAACGAUACCAAGUACGGCGGUGCUGGCCCCUUGGAGCGCGAGCUCGAAGACGAGCAAGACGAUCAGCAGCUAUUCUACAAGUUCUUGUGGGAAUGCUACGACAAGUUCUGGCAGAAUCAGGAUACUUUCCCAGACGAAGUGGCAGCGCUGGAUCAGAUCUUUGCUGAGCGCAAUGCUGGUGUUACGAAACAGGUGGAAGAGCUCGAGUCUGAAGAGCUCAAGUUGGAUCAACAACUCCGAGAGUACACCGAUCACGACUCACCACUGACGAAGCAGACGCGCGAGAAGGAGCUGCUGGAAGGGGACAUCACCAAGUUCAUCAAGUAUCGGGAUGACAUUCUGUUGCCCAAGCUGGCCAAGUCCAAGGGCACGCUGAAGGCGCUCAACGAGCAGAUCGAGCAGAAGUUGACUGAGCUCAAGCGCGCAGAGCAAGAAGCUGUUACGCUCAAGAAGCAGGUCGACUCGCAAGGUAUUUCAGAGUCCGAUUUCGACGCCAUGACCAAAGAGAAGGAGAACCUCCUCAAGCAGUCGCACGAUAUCGCAGAGGAGAACAACGAAGCGGCGAAGAGGUCUUGGAACCUUGAACUGGAGGUGUCAAAGCUUCAAUCUAGAGUUGAAGAGCUGUUCAAGACUUUCAAUUCUCUUGCACGCAAGGUGGGACUCUUCCCCCUCGACCUCAAGGAUGGAUCCGGCAGCCAGUUGCAGGAGCUGGAAAUCGUGCCCCGCAAUCCCUCAUCCAUGCUCCCGCCCGGUGUAGACAUCAAGAGUCUGAUCAAACCUGCGAUCGAGCGGCUGAGAUCGCGAGAGGUCGAAAAGUUCAAGAAGAUCUGCGAGGAGUGCUUGGUUGCUCAGGACAAUGUGGACAGAAUCUCGGAAGAGCUCACUGCCGUGCGGGAAACGCACAUCGCAUUGCAGGGUCGACUGGACAGGCAGCAGGAAAUCUUUGAGGAGACGCUAGCGGUCAACGGUUCGGAGCAUCAAGCCAUCGAGAGCAAGAAAGCAGACGAUGAAGCUAAACUGCUCCAGAUGCAGCAAGCCGGUCAUCUGGCCAUGCAGCAUGCCGAAGCUAGACUCUCCUCCCUCAAGAGGCAACUGCAGACUGCAAAGCAGAAUGAUGAACAACAUCGUCUGGCCUUGCAUAGGGAAUUGGAAUCUGCAGCUUUGGACGUGGCCAACCUCAAGAUGAAGGUGGCUGCUGCUAUCGAGAAGCUCGGCCAAGACGCUCAACGCUUGUGA